CACAGUUCCAGCUCCCAGAGUUCAUGCAACAUAAUUAUCAUAGAACCUCACUUCAGUCCUGGACUUUGAGCUGUGAACAUUUCAACCACAAAAAGAAAAACUUUUCACUUCAAACUCAUCACUUGCAAGGACAACAAGCAGUAGAACAAACAACUGAAGAUGUCUCAACAGAAAGAGAAUAUAAAAGCCAAACCUCUGGAUCCAGAUAACAUGGAGAAUGAGGAAAAACAUUUCUUUGAAAUCAAGGUCUUUAAGAAGAUGAAAUCUGCAAGGAAUACCUUCUUCAGAUCGAAACCAAGGGAAAAUGUCCAGCUGACAACAGGACAGGAUUUGUCUGAUGCUGUCAAGUUAGAAAGCAGUGUCUCAAAAUCGGUCUCUCCUUGUCCUGAAGAGGCGUCUCACACUGCCUCAAUACACUCCAGUCAGGACAACAAGGCUGCUGAGAAAUCAGGCCUGACCUCUGUCCCUCUGGAACUGCUGGAUGUGGCAGAUAAAGACAUCACACCAGAGUGUGUCACGGACAAAUUGAUGAAGGACAACUUGGUCACAGAAAUCGGGUCGACCGGCAGUGACUCAAGAUUUAUAAACAUUAAUCUGACAAAACCAGGAUCUCCAUUUCCUGGAAAGGGGCCCUUCAUUCCCUCCCAGGAAAACAACAGAGUUGUCUGUGUGACCGGUUUCACUGUCGGUACACAGACGUCUUGUGAUCCGGUCAGGACAGAUGAGAAACCUUUGAACUUAAUCGGCGUGUUUCCAAAAGCUUGCUGGGAGGAGACAGUUGUGACACAGAAACAUUCAGAUUGUGAGAGUAAAGAGGACCGAUUGACAAAUGGACAUACCAUCAAAGUCCAUGAAAAGAAGUUGCCGUGGUGGAGCUGCUUUAGUAAGCUACUGAAGAAGAAGGUCCACCCGGUUUCAGGUGAACAAAUGGACGAGACCGUCCCAUUGUCACCCAAUAAAGUGUCAUCUGGACUCUCCUCAUCUCCACAAGACACAGAGCAGGGUGUCACAGUUGCUUCUGACACUGAAACCAGUGAGACCCAGGCUGAGAAGAGCAACAGAAUCAGCCCAUAUUGCAAGCGCAAGAAGGAAGAUGAUCAGACGGCUUCAGCUCAGGAUCAGGCUGUCCACACCAAAAGGUCAUCACUGCCUCAGAGAAUCUGGCUCUUCUGCUGCCGUCAGAACUGUUGUUUUAGGAGUGACCUCCCCUAUUAACAACAACAAAUUCUACUCCAUCCCC